AAAUAAACUGGUGUUGAGAAUAAGACAAAUGAAAUUGCGAUAUUAGCAGGGUUUAGUAAUUUGCAGCAAAAACCCUAGAGCAACAACAAGGCUUACUCCAUUCUUCUCUCAAAACUCUGAUCUGUUAACUGAUACUUUGUUGAAACCCUAAAUUGAAGAAUGGCCGAAGAAACCCAUAUGCAACAAUCAAUAAAUCCCUUUAGAAAGAGAAAACUAGGGCAAAAGAAAGGCAAGAAAGCAAAGAAGAAGCAAAAACAGUUUCAGGGUAUGAAAGGGAGAGUAAGAAAAGACCCUAAAAUUAUGAAACUACUUAGAAAGAAGGCACGUGAUUAUAAUUCUGAUGACGAUGAAGACGAAGAAGAAGAAGAGAAAACCCAUGUCAUUGAUGAUAAAAAGAUUGUAUCAUUAAAGGACAAUGAUAAUGAUGAUGGUGAAAAGAAGGAUCUUGGCAUUGAAAUUGAUGGGUCUGACCUUGAAGAAGAAGAAGAAGAAGAAGAUGGUGAAAUUCAGCCUGGAAUUACAAAAUUAAUCGAGGGUUGUAGAGCUUUUAAGAUUGCUUUUAACAGUAUUAUAAAAAAGAGUGUGUCUGAUGAUUCAUUGGGACCAGUGUUAUCAGGUCAUAAAAAGCUUGUGGCGGAGAAGCUUGCUGAGGAGGACUCAGAAAGGAAGGUCAAGGGAGAGGCCAAGAAAGAGAAAAAAUUGAUGGAAGAGAAGGGACAUGUGAAGCCUGCUAAUUAUUUAGACUCGCAUGAAAAGUAUUUGAUAGGUCUCGCUACAAAAGGAGUGGUCAAGUUGUUCAAUGCUGUCAACAAGGCACAAAAUUCACAGAAAGGGCUCGAUCCUUCAAGAACAAAAGAUGCAAAAGUGAUAAAUAAGCGGAGGAAAGAAGCCUUUUUCUCUGAGUUAGGCAAGACAUCAGUUUCUAAUGCUGCUGCUAAGCCUGAGGGGCCUUCUUGGGCUCCAUUACGUGACAACUACAUGCUUACAAACUCAAAGUUGAAGGAUUGGGAUAAAAUGCCGGAUACAGUUGUGGCGGAUGAUAUCGGGAAGAUGUCUGAAGACAGUGGUUCUGAUGAUGGCUGAUACAUUUAAACUCUGGUUCAUGAAGCUUUUGUUGGGAAAACUCUUGUUAACAUCUGGAAAAAUCAAUGUAAUGAUACUGUUAAUGCAUAGCAAAGGUUUCGAUUCCUUCUUUAUGAUGUUUCAAGAUAAAUUAUCUGAAUGCUAUCUAAUUGUUUUCAUUUAAUGGAGCUUCAUAUUCGCUGCC